AUGUACAAAAUAUAGGGUCUGCUUAAAAUUAAAGACAAGGAAUAUGCGAAGAAAAAGAAAAAAUACAAGAAAAAGCUAAUUAAAUCAGUGGAGAUCAUUCAAAUGCUCAAGAGACAGUUAGAGCUUGCUAAAAGCAAUUUACAGCCUUAAACUAAUAAGGAUUACAUAAAUUUAGGGGAAAACGAUCCCAUUAUUUAUAAUACUCAGACGGACAAUAGCAAAAACAGCUUUAGCUAGAAAGUAAUAGAAUUGAAGAGGAAAGAGAAGCGCAGAAAAACGACUGAAUAAAGACAAUAAUAUAUGCAAAAUAGUUCCGAGCCAAACUCAAGGAGAAAACUUAAUUUUAAACUCUCUUAAGAAAAAUCUGCUGCUUCAGAACUAUUAUAGAAAAGCAUAGAAAUCAUGGACUCUUACAAUACCAAUCAAAGAAGCAUACAAAUUAAUGUAAAUAACUCUUUGAACAGAGACUUGACUAUCAAUGAUUAAUCUAAGAUCAAUUCAAGUCCCUCAUUCUAAUUAUCUCCUACUAAAUAGUCUUAGUAAAAUGGGAAUAGUCAUAUUAACCUUAAAGAGAUAUAGAUGCUUAAAAAUGAAGUUAAUUCAUUCACCAAUUAAAUUUAGAACUUUAGGCUAUCUUAGAGCAAAGAGUAAAAUUAGAAGUCAAGAGUACUAGAGGAUAUCUAAAACAAACUUUCAAAUAUUAGAGAGACCUAUUAAGAUCAAAUGCAGCUGAGAAAAUAGGACGAAUAGAAUAAGAAAGAGAAAAUACUAAUAGACAACUACCUAAAGCAUGAAGAUGAGAAAAUGGAAGAGAAACUUAAACAGUUAAGGAGGCAUAAAUAUAUGAUAACUUAAAGCCUAGAUGCUGGUAGAAUUAAGGACGAAAGAAAUUAGGAAAUUAUGAGAAUGGUACAGGAGAGAAGUUUUUAAAAUUAGAUUAAUCCAGAUAAAAAUACUCUAAUUAUACAGUCAUAAGAAUAAAAUAGAUCGGUAUAAAAUUUCAUUGUAAAUCCAGCAACUCGUACUGGGCAUAACUAAUCUAACACUAGCAUUCAUAUCCAGGAAAAUUCUAGUCAGUUGAGAGCUUCUUAUGAAUAAAACAAAUAUUAUCAAAAGGCAUUAAGUAUAAAUUAAAGCUUGAAUAAUUCGAAUGCUAAUGAAAAGAGAUAUGUUGGGAUUAAUUAACUGCUUUUGAAUUUUAAAUCCUAAUGA